GCCCAUGAACAAUCUGGAGAGCAGAGACGGGGAGAGAGCAGAAGAAGCAGAGCAGUCAAGCAUGGCCGCUUCCGCCAUGGACGGUGUCGCCGCCGCGGCUCUCCGAUCCGUGCUGCAUCGAGUUCAACAGGCAGCGGAGAGGUCCGGACGUGGGCCCCAGCAGAUCAGGGUAGUGGCCGUGAGCAAGACCAAGUCGGUUUCCCUCAUCCGGGAAGUGUAUGAUUCCGGCCACCGGUGUUUCGGUGAAAAUUAUGUUCAGGAGAUCAUCGAGAAGGCACCGCAGCUUCCGGAGGACAUCGAGUGGCAUUUCAUUGGGAAUUUGCAGAGCAACAAAGUAAAACCUCUUCUAUCUGGUGUACCAAACCUUGCCGUGGUGGAGACUGUAGAUGAUGAGAAGAUUGCAGAUCGUCUUGACCGCAUGGUUGCAACCAUUGGAAGAAAGCCUUUGAAGGUCAUGGUGCAAGUGAACACCAGUGGAGAAGAAUCAAAAUCUGGUGUUGAUCCUGCAGCAUGUGUGGAACUUGUGAAACAUGUUGCUCUGGGCUGCCCAAACCUUGAGUUUGGUGGCCUAAUGACAAUAGGGAUGCUGGAUUAUACAUCAACUCCAGAGAAUUUCAAGACAUUAGCAAACUGCAGAAGUGAGGUUUGCAAGUCACUUGGGAUUACAGAAGAGCAAUGUGAGCUAUCAAUGGGCAUGUCUGGUGAUUUUGAGCUAGCAAUUGAAAUGGGCAGUACCAAUGUGCGAAUCGGAUCCACCAUAUUUGGAGCCAGGGAGUACCCAAAGAAGCAACCAAAGUAGCAGCCCUCAGCUUUUCUGUUGCGCGGCCUGAGAAAUUGAUGCACAUUCCAGCAUCAUGGCAAAGCCUACUCCAUUUCUGUUUCAUUUCGUGGUAGUGUCUCAGCGUAAACUUAUUCCCAAUGAAGCCCGGACGGCCAGCUGCUAUAUCUGAAUCCAUCUUAAUCCAUACUGUUCUUUAGGAGUUCUGUACAUUUAAGAUGGACAUGAUGUGGUAUCUUUUCCAUUGAUAUGAGCUUUGAAUCCUUAUGCAUUCGCAGAACAUUUUAGGUUUACAGGGUGGGAUCAUCACAGUGCUAACAUUAAUGUCAUUUACAUGUUGAGGGUCAUCAAUGUAAGACAAAAUUAAUACCUA